UUUGCGGCCGCUACUGCCGUAUUUCCUGGGCACCUGUGUCUGAGCGGUUUGUGCCUGCUGGUGUCCGCGUCGCUCUCUGGUAGGGGCGUGAAAUUUUGUGGCUGCGGCAUUUGGUCUGGAAUGAACCGCGCUCUCGGUGGAGGCCGGGGAGCCGAGCCAGAGCCAUGCAGAAAUUUUAUUUCCAUUACUGUUGAUUGAACUUGAAUGUGGCCUCAUUUGCCCGGAGAUGCAAAAGACGUUUUCAAAGGGAGGGAAAUCAUUCUUUUCACUGCUGUAAAGGCCAGUACAGUGGUAGCAGUUGGACUGACCAUUGCUGCUGCAGGAUUUGCAGGCCGUUAUGUUUUGCAAGCCAUGAAACAUAUGGAGCCUCAAGUAAAACAAGUUUUUCAAAGUCUACCAAAAUCUGCUUUCAGUGGUGGCUAUUAUAGAGGUGGGUUUGAACCUAAAAUGACAAAACGAGAAGCAGCAUUAAUACUAGGCGUAAGCCCUACUGCCAAUAAAGGAAAAAUAAGAGAUGCCCAUAGACGAAUUAUGCUUUUAAAUCACCCAGACAAGGGAGGAUCUCCUUAUAUAGCAGCCAAAAUCAAUGAAGCUAAAGAUUUACUAGAAGGUCAAGCUAAAAAAUGAAGUAAAUGUGUGAAUUUUAAGUUCUUGUUAGUUUAUGUAUAUGCGUGCUAGCUUUUUAUAAUAAAAGGCCUCAAAGCUACAAAUUUUAAAAAUGAUUUAGCACAAGCUAAACCAAAGCUUGGGUAUAAGUUUCUUUGAAUUUGAGGAUUUUAAAUCAGAUGAUAAAAUAUUUGGAGAUUUAACACUCAGUAAUUAUGGAUAAAUGCAUACCAUCUGAAU